GGCAGUAAAGCAGGCACAUACAAGCUUGCAUGAGGACAAGCAAGGUCACAGUGAAGAGAGUGAGUAGGAGGUAUAGAAAAAACAGCAGCGUGGCGACGUGUGGCGGAAAACGGAGGGGUAUGGGCAGCCAUAACAGAAGGCUGCGAGUAAGUGGCCACCACGAUAACGUCGCCAAGGAAAGACCCGACAAGUAAGUGCCUGAAAAAGACCAUUCGAACCAGGAGGGCACACAAACCAGCCAGACAGAACGACCAUAUGGCGCCCAACCUGUGAUGUAUACCAAACAAGCGAUGGACAGUAUGAUCCCCAGGCAGCCGCACCACGUAUGGCCCCAUAGAAGUGAAGCCAUCAAACCCACCUGACAACACCCAGCCAUCCAAAUACGAUCCCUACUUGCCCUCGGUCUCUGCCCUUUCUCCUUGUUCUUAUCCUUAGGGACGAAAGCAUCCUUGGGGACGAAAAUAGGGGCCGUUGGCAGGAUUCAGAUGACUCCAGGUGUGCGGCAUGCCUUGCUUGUGGGUGGGCUGGUAGGGUGGCAGGCUGGUAGCCGUCUGCAUGGAAGCCAACGAUCGGUUGCUCGUAGACCGGGAAAAGAUCUCGCCCUCGCGGUCGAGCUCCUCCUGCUGCUCCUCCGAGAUUGGCGACAGCACGGGGUGCGACGCGUUGGCACUGUGCGCUGCACGGGGUGGGCAAGAGGGGAGCGGCUGGUCAGGGGGUGAGUAGGAGGGGGGGUAGGGGCAUGUGGGCGGGUGAGAAGGUGGGGGCUGCUGAUGCGGUCCAGAGAGAGUGGACGACGCCGCCGGCAUGGACGCCACAGACGCGCCGGGCGGGAGGAAGGGGACAUACGGCAUGGGCGGAGCCAUGGGCGCCAUAUAUGGCGCUGGCGCCAUCGACGUGCCUGGCGCCGAGGACACUGACGGCCCCAAUGGCGCGACGGCCAUGGGUGGGCCGGCCGGCAGGGGCAGCAUCGGCACACUCGCCGGCAUGGACGCACUUGACGGGCACAUUUGGGCCGGCAGGCUCGCUGCACCCGAUGGCGGCUGCGGAUACGUCUGCGGAUACGUCUGCGGAUGCGGCAGAAGGGGUGCCGCCUGCUGUAUCGGCCCACUGCGACGUUGGCGUCGGUUGGGCGUCGGUCGAGGGGGGCGAGAGGAUGGGGCGGAUGGGGGAAAGAGAUCAACAGCCUCGUUGAGUGUGUGCACUCUCUCGGUAUAAUCACGUGCAGACACUCGGGGAACGGCGACCGGGGCAAGGGUGUGCACGUCGUAGGUGGGAGCGGCUGUCGAGAUCGCCUCAGCCGAAGGGAUCGCUAACGCGGGGCCGACAUAGAUGUCAUCCGCGUUCUGUGUCCGCUCGGCGAGGCGCAGCCCUUGCUUGAGAUGGUCGGCGGCCGCCUUCUCACUCGCCAAUUGGAAUCUCACGCCGUUGUGUAGCCGGAGGCCGUAGCGCAUUUCCAUGCGGGUGUGCAUCUCGCUGGCCAGGUCGCCGUCGUGGAAGUGGAGAAUGACGUCGCGCGAACGGCCGCCCACUGCAAAACACGCAAAGCUGCGUGUAUCGAAUGGGGGGAGGGAGGGGGCGGCGUUGGCCAGUAUGCCGCAGAUGUGCGCCUUGAGG